AUGUCCAAUUUGAUUGAGCAAGCCAAGAAGACUGCGGCAUACACCGCGGUUGACGAAAACUUCCCUGCCCACGCGAAGGUGGUCGGCAUCGGUUCCGGCUCUACGGUGGUGUACGUGGCCGAACGUAUCGGUCAGUUGGCAAACAAGGCCGAAUUUGUGUGCAUUCCUACCGGUUUCCAGUCCAAGAACUUGAUUAUCGAUAACGGUUUGAAUUUGGGCACCAUCGAACAAUACCCAGAGUUGGACAUUGCCUUCGACGGUGCCGACGAGGUCGAUACCCUGUUGAACUUGAUCAAGGGCGGCGGUGCGUGUCUUUUCCAGGAAAAGUUGGUUGCGGUGGCCUCCAAAAAGUUCAUCGCCGUUGCCGACUUCAGAAAAAAGUCGCCGCAGUACUUGGGCACCAACUGGACCCAGGGCGUGCCCAUCGAGGUGGUUCCGUGCGCGUGGGUCAAGGUCUCCGCUGACUUGAAGAGAAUGGGUGCCGAGACCGUAACCUUGAGAGAGGGGGGUAAGGCCAAGGCCGGUCCCGUUGUCACCGACAAUAACAACUUCUUACUCGACGCGCACUUCGGUGAGAUCAAGAACGUCUCUGCCUUGCACAGCGAGAUCAAGGCCUUGGUUGGAGUCGUCGAGACCGGCUUGUUUGUCAACAUGACGGACAAAGUGUACUACGGGAACGAGGACGGGUCGUUUGAGUGUGUCCAAAAGUAGGUAGAUAAUAAGAUUAUUGAAUAAGAAAAUGAGGAGGAGACAUCGUGAGUUGUCAGUGCUGGAUCUGAGCUAUUGACAUUAGACGGUAUAUCUAUCCUUAAAACCCGAGAUAUUUAAAAUUCAAGUCACCAGGCUAUAUCACAAACCCUAGAUUGGAGUAUGUACCACGAAUAUGGAAGUCAAAGACCUAGAGCGGUUAACUUGAGUAUUAUCAGCAAUUCACACGUAUAUACACUUAGUUUGAUAAUCGUGUUAGC